CAGCAUGCUACCAUUUGCAGUUGUUGAUUUUCUGGAUGGUGGAGGUGUAUCCAUAAUUCCUUGCAAGUGGUUUACAGGACCAGCGGAAGAUUCUUGUUUCUGGCCACCAGGGAGAGUCAAUAUCAAUAAGGCUGUAAAGGAUGGAGUUACUCCAGAUGCAAACUGGUCACAGUACAGAGUUCGCAUCUUGGGGAAAGCUGAAAACUAUGAAAAUGCCAGGGUGAAACUGCGGAGGUCUGAAGCAACCUCUGAUCUGCAGACUGAGUCGGAUUCUGGAAGCAGAUUGGGAAAAGGGAAGCGGAAAAGGAGGCCAGUGAUCCAGUCAAGCUCGGAUGAGGAUUGGGACAACGCUGCGGAACAGCCAGAGACCUCAUCACCAUCAGCAAUGGAGAAUAGACAUUCAAGUGAAACUCCCCACCUGAACAUCACUCAUCCAUUUGUUCAGCUACCACCACCCUCAACUCCUUCACCUGUGGUUUCACAACCAGUUCCAAGACAACUUGUACAAGCCACCAAUACCAGCAUGUUUGUACGUGUUCUAACCCUCCUGGAAGACAUUAAGGAGACUCAGAGGAUCCACAGUCGAAUGCUACAGUCUCUCCUCAAACAACGUGAUGGACCAGUUGCUGCAGUAUUACCCGAGGGUGCUGUUUUUCCUCUCCGGACAGUCGCAGACGUGGAAGCACUGGAGCAAAAACUGAUAGACCCUGUCUUCCUGAAAGAAGUGGUUGCUGUUGUGGUAGAGAUCGGUGGGAGCACUGUUGAUGAAGCCACCAGAAAAAUGAUGGCCUUCAUUAUGGACAAUGCUCUUUCCAGGCAAUAUAACUUCAUUGGGCGCCAUGGAAAGCAGGAAUUUCGAGGGCUUAAAGUUUUUGAAGUGCUAUAUGAAUCAAUCAGCUCCAGGAACUCCAGUGCCAGCCUUCUUUACCAGUGUGUCACCAGUAUGACUUCAAACUCACAGACUCUGAUGCUGCUGCCCUAA